AUUCGUGAGCAAUGGAUCGUUGGCAGAAUCGCGUGGCCGUAAUCAGUGGCGCCAGUUCCGGAAUCGGAGCUGCCUGUGCCCGGCUCUUGGUGUCCGCCGGUCUGCAGGUGGUGGGCCUGGCCCGGCGCACCGAUCGCCUGGAGCAGCUGCGUCAAUCCCUGCCGGAGGAGCAGAGGCAGCGCUUCCAUCAGCACAAAUGCGAUGUGUCGCAGGAGCGGCAGGUGGACAAUGCCUUCGAGUGGAUCGAAAAGGAGCUGGGCGGCAUCGAUGUGCUGAUCAACAAUGCCGGCAUCGUGCUGGGUGGCCAGCUGCUCGAUAUGCCCACCAAGGACAUUAGCAACAUUCUGCAGACGAAUCUCAUGGGCAGCAUUUACUGCACCAAACUGGCGGCCGGCAGCAUGAGACGCCGCCAGGUGGCCGGGCACCUGAUCUUCGUGAACAGCACGGCCGGAGUGGCCGGGUAUAAGCCGGAUCCGGCGGAUGAAAGCCUCAAUGCCUACACGCCCAGCAAAUUUGCCUUGACUGCCGUACAGGAGAUCUGCAGACAGGAGCUGAUCACUCAAGGAUCAAGGAUCAAGACCACGAGCAUCAGUCCCGGCUGGGUGGCCACCGAGAUCGUUCCGGACGAGACGAAGGCCAAGCUGGGCGAGGUGAUCCUCCAGGCGGACGACGUGGCCCAGGCUGUACUGUACGCCCUAUCCACACCGCCACACACUCAGGUGGAGCAGAUAACGCUGAGGGCGGUGGGCGAGUACUUCUGAUUUCUACUUUCGGAUAGCUGAUUGCUGAUUGCCCAACCGAGAACGCAGUUCCACAGCCCCAGAGAUUAGGCAAUCGACUUGCAGUGGAACAUCAUGCAGUAAGAAUCAAAUAAAGGCGAACGACCCGACCCGACAUGGCACCCAUUUGGUUUGCCACAAAACUGUUUGCUCUCACCUCGUUUCGUUUUAUUUUUAUUGUGGCGUUCAGUUGCGUAUAUGUGCUCAGCACCUUUCCGCAAGCCAAAUAAAUAAUUCAGUUUUCUACACUACCAA